UUCCGGUAAUAGUUAUUCACACGUGACCAAAGUGUGGUUGAUUUCAAAAUGGCGGACGGUGGAGUGGAAGAAAGCCAAGCUAUCAGGUUUGAUUUUCUCAGUAAAAUAUUGCAAUUUUUAACCUUUUCUAUUAUAUUACGUUACUUUGUAUAUAGCAAUGAAUAUGAAAUGUUUUGAGGGGAGAAAUGCUUGCUCAAGUUGCCAUAUUUAUUAGCUUGAAAUGUUCUAUUUUAUAUAUAUUUAUAGUUUAUAUAUAGUAAUGAUAUUGAAACAGACAAAUAAAUAGUAGGUUCUAGGCUCUCUUAUCUGCUUUAUUCUGUGGAUAUUAGCAAAAAAGUACCACCAUACCAUGAUUCACAAUGAUUUGUCAUCCAAGUGUGAGAAUGCCGAGAAACAACUUUUCCUUGGUCGGCAACUCGGCAUCACUUAAUAGGCCAAUGGAAGUGAGGUAUCAGUUUACCGUCACCUAAAAUUUCAAAAGUUAAUGCGGAUUUUAUUCAUUAUUUUUCACGAUUUGAAUUUGUCAAAUUUUGAGCUAAUAAUCCGAAUUUCGACCGAAAAAAUCCAAGAAAAUUUUGACGAUUCUUGAGCUUUUUGCUAGCUUAAUUCCGAGCUAUCAGCUAUGUCUUUGACUCCAUUUCGCUGUGGCUUCGCUACGCAGGCUAUGGCUUUGCUAACUGUAUAAACAAAGUCGGUAUUUGCCAAUAAUUUCAACAGAAAGCCAUUUUUGAAACACUUCCUAUACAAAUUUGACAAAUAAUGAAAAAAUCACGAAAUAAUGAAACAUUUCACGCCGGUGCCUAAAAUAGACGCGCAUGGGUGACGGUAAACUGAUACCUCACUUCCAUUGGCCUUACUGUGGCAAAAUCGAUGCCUGAGGUUAGACACAGUAAAAUAAAGUAGGGCACACAGGGUGCAUUUGAUUAAUGAGUUAAUAUUUUAAUGCAGACCACAGUUUCAACCAAACCAAGGCCAACAACCUGCACACGAUGGUAAAAUGCAACAAGGAGCCCCACAAAUGUUCCCACCUGCAGUAAACAUGAUGUUUAAUCGACCACCAGGCAUGCAGCCUGGAGGCAUGUUGCCUAACACAAGACCAAAUUUUGGAAAUCAUUUACCAGCCAUGAAUUUACCUGGACUACAGGUUUGUAAUUUGUAUGUGACGAUAGUUUAUAUUUCAUUUUAGUCAAUUUUACUCAAAAAAGGUACGAUUAUGGCCAUUAAUGUGGUAACAAACUCAAGAUCCUUCUAUUUUUAAUUAGAGCUUUGGAGCCAUAUAGAAUGAGGCAGUUAAUCAAUAAACCAGAAAAGUUGAAAACUGAACCAAUCACCCCCUGAAAACAUAUUGAAAUUUAAUGUUCCAGGGGGGUGAAUGCCUCUACCGGAUUGGCUACGAAUAUGGCCGCCAGCUAUUUUUGUAAUAACUACCUAACGGUUUUCCAGCAGAAGUGAGACCUCUGUAUGUACCUACUCUGUGAUCACAGUGCUAGUUCAACAUUUUCUGACAAAACUUCCAACUUUCAAAUGUUGAAAACGUGAGAAAAUAGCACAUCUAACAAUUAUGGCUUACUGCUUACGUAUUAAGGCAAUACUGUACCAUUGUUAAUAUAAUUGUUUCUAAAACUAAAUCUUGCACGUGUAUUGUGAAGUUUAAUCUAACUGUAAUAUAUUUUGGCAUAAUUUUUUCGGGGGUUUUUCAGACAGCUUUCAGUUUUUACCUUGAAACACCUCACCCUAGAGUCAGGCACGGAUUUUUUGGGGGGAUGCUGUGAGGGGGGGGGGGGAGAAAUGAUUUACACCCCCCCCCCAGAGGCAUUUGGCACCACCCCAAAAUAUUUUUGCACCUCCACAAAUUAUAUAUAUUUUGAUUUGAUAGUUUCAUAUUUGAUUAUUCUUACUACUAAAUUUGUAAAAUUACCAAUAUUAUGGUCUCAGAUCUCGUUAAACUUUUUCCUUGGCCUUUCCGGGCGUUGCCACCACGCCCCGGCCAAAGCAAGCAGCAGCACCCCACCCCAGAUAUUUAUACACCACCCCCUACCCCGAACGAAAAUUUGAAAAUCUGUCUCUGCCUAGAGUCAUGCCCUUCUAUAAGCCAAUAGACAAGCCAAUAUUAGAUAAUCGACAUGUUGCUGUUUGCAAAUAAAAUUGUUCAUCAACAAUGUGAUUGGUCAACUCUGUAUUUCCAGAGACCACUAAUGAACGCUGCUGGUUUACCUAACCUUCCAAUCCCUGGACUGAAUGUACAUGCACCCAUGAUUGACACAAAUGGUGAUCUGUGGUUAGAACACAAGACACCAGAGGGAAAAGUGUACUAUUAUAAUGCCAGAACCCGAGAAUCUGCUUGGCAGAAACCAAAGAAUUUAGUAAACACUUUGAAACAACCAGAUCAAGCACUAAAUGAAAAAGAUAAACAGCAUCCCAAUGGUCCACAACAACCCAUGGCAAACUUAAACCCACUUUUACAGCUUCGGUAAGUGUAUGAUUGGGUCAUUCCAGAAAAGAUCCAUACCCCCCCUACGGAGGAAAUCGAAAAUAACCCCCUCCCCCCCUUCGGACAUCCUUGAAUGGUUCAUCCUCCCCCCCUCUCCGGACAUCCAAGCCCAAAAUUACCCCCCUCCCCUUCGGACAUCCACUAUUUCUAAAUUUUUCUAAAGGCUACCUCGCCGUUUGAAAACGUCACCGAAAAAUUAGACUACGUUCACACUACGCGCGAGCGAACUAAUGCGGGCAGAAUUUACGUGUGUUCAUACUACCGCCAUUACAGUUUGUUUACAAAUAUCACUCGUGUAAACCCAAAAUAUUUCAAAUAGACCCACGAAAAUUAACUGAAAAGCAUUCGAGUUUACACGUUUGUGUUCACACGAAGCUAUCAAGCGCUCCGCCGUUUUCACCUCGCUCCGUUUAGAAACCGUGCUCAAAUUGUUACGGCAAAAGUGACGUGAAAGUUUUCAAACGAUUUCGCUCCAGCGUAGAGUGAAUUAGCGAUGGCUUAUUGUGACUUUUCUACGCUGUUUUCAAAUAGCUCCGGCGUGGCGGAACACUUGGCGGCUUCUUGUGACUUGCGAACACAAACACGUGGCAGGUUUUGUCGGAUAAUUUGCAGAAAUUCACUUCGAAAUUCGUUCAAGUAAAAUUUGGACUGAAAUCUGAUGUAACUUGUGACUGAUUGACAAGCGUUGCUGUGUUUACUUACAUGUUAAUGCAUUUUUUAGUAUUACUGCAUUCCUUAACCUCGCCCUUAAUAUGAAAGCCAUUUCUAUUUUCUAGACACGGACCUCGCAAGGAAGCUUUAUUGACUAUAUACUAAAACAAAUUGUUUUGAGUUCAGUUCACAUAGCAGUCUCUUAAUUCGAGCAACAGUUUAAUAACUAUUAUUUUUAACACUUGAAUAAUUCAAACUUAUAUAUGGCGAACGAAAACUGCAAACUAUAUAAAUAAAGCGUGUCAAUUUUCGACUCAUUCUCAACAUGCAGGAUACGCUGUUACAGCGAGUUAGUUUUUGGUGGCCAUGCAUGCAAAAGUGGGCCGCUUAUUUUGCUUACGAGUUACGUGGACGUAUAAUUAUUGCUGUUACAUAAACGUUCCGGUGUUCAAGAGCUGCAUAUAUAUAGCCGAUAAAAAUUGCGUGCUCAUUAUAAUCGCCGAUCACAUGGCUUUAUCACAGUCUCAAACCUUCAGACAAACAUAUCCACAUUCCUCUCCCCCCCUUCGGACAUCCUAAGACAUUUUUCCUCUCCCCCCCUUCGGACAUCCUAAGACAUUUUUCCUCCCUCCCCCUUCGGACAGCAAAAAUUUCCUCCGUGGGGGGGGGGGUAUGGAUCUUUUCUGGAACGACCCAUUGUGUGGAUUUGCAUUAGACAUUUGAUAUAAACACAUGUCUGUAGUCACUAGUAAUUGCUGUAACAUUGCUUCUGGCCACCAAAAAGUACAGUGCAAGAAUAAUAUGUGCCAUACUGGAAACACUAUAAUAGUUUUGUUUGUGGAAACACCACGUAAAUUUAUUACUGUGACAGUAAUAAAUUUACGUGGUGUUUCCACAAACAAAACUAUUAUAUGUUUUAUCGCCAUGCAAACAUACAAAGAACUUACUGGAAACAUUGUUCAAUAAAUAUUUCAAUUUCUUCCCUUAUUUUACAACUAUUUAGGCCACCACAAUUCCCACCUGGCUUGCAGAUGAGAUUACCUUUUUCACCAAACUUACAACAUCGACCCGGGCUUGGCAUUCCACCUCGGCUACCUACUAAUCCAGGUAUCUCAAAUAUUACAAUUAUUUCAAAUUAGCUCACAUUUUCACUCAACCAAAUUGGCAUAACCUGAGUUUAAUUUUAUCAUAGAUAUUGUGAUAAUGAGAGAAAGGAUAGACACCCACCCCCCUAUUUUCAUUUUCCCCCCACAUCCUUUUCAAGUAAAAUAGAUAUCUUUCUCUUAAUCCCCCACCUCCAAUUUAAAGUCAGUGCUAUAUGUAUCUAUUAUUUUCAAGUUUAUUACCAUCUGGAACCCCUCAAAUUGAACGACACACCCAAUGAAUUACACACCUUCACUCCUGCAGUAUUUCAUAUGUGACUAGGAAUAAAAGAUAUAGUAGACACCCUCCCUCCUAUAUUCCCCACCUCCCUCCUAUAUUCCCCACCUCCCUCCUAUAUUCCCCACCUCCCUCCUAUAUUCUCCACCUCCCUCCUAUAUUCCCCACCUCCCUCCUAUAUUCCCCACCUCCCUCUUAUAUUCCCCACCUCCCUCCUAUAUUCCCCACCUCCCUCCUAUACUGUAUUUCCCACCUCCCUCAAUUCAAAGCCAGUUUUACAUUUGCAAAAAUCUUUCAGGUAUAUUCCCAGGUGGUACCCCUCCUAUUCUCUCCACACCUCAAGGGGCAUACCCGGAAUGGAGUGAACAUAAAAUGGCGGAUGGGCGUUCAUACUACUACAACUCCAAAACGAAGGCAUCAGUGUGGGAAAAACCCGAUGCUUUAAAAACACCAGAGGAGAAAAUGCAGGACUCUAAUAAAAUUCCUGAGACAGAGAAACCUGAAGAAAAUCAGGAUAAACAAUCAGGUAAACAAUAUAUUUUAUAAUCUGUUAUUUUGCUGUUCAUAAUUACAACUCAUAUAUAUCUGAUCGAACAUUCUGGAUCCUUGUUCUUUGUAUAUAACAUCCUUGACCUCGUAGCAAGCUUACAAGUUGUUUUUUGCAAUGAGUGGAAAAGUACCCUACGUCCUAAAAUGCGCCCUACUUUAUUAUUUUACUCUGUCUAACGCCAGACCAUUUUACUUGUCAAGGGGAGAGGCGUUGGCACUCAAUAGUUUUACUAAUUUUUUUAAGAUUCUGCGGAAGAUGCCCAGGUACCAGAUGAAAAACCAACAGAUGCGAACACUGAGCAGACAACUGAUGACCAAUCAAAAGAGACCAGUAGUAAUAAACCAGUGGCAAGUCAGUUGAUACCUGGUACGCCGUGGUGUGUUGUGUGGACUGGGGACGAGAAGGUGUUUUACUUCAAUCCUACAACCAAGGUGUCUGUUUGGGAAAAGCCAGAAGAAUUGGUUGAUAAUGACAAUGUCAAUGAAAUCUUGGAGGCUGGACCCGAGAAGAAAGCACCGAGUGAGUGACGUCACAUCUUUAGCUGUGUUGAUAUGAUACUACUGUAUAUAGGUGGGCUGACUGGCAAAAACAAAGCAACCCCUAGAAGUAGCGGGCAGGUUUCACAGUCAGUGCCGUAGCUUGGACCUUUUGAGUGAGGGGUGAAGCAUCCCGACUAAAUGGGUGUGGCUCUCGACAAAUAUAGGCGUGGCUUAUCAUAGACAUCUGUGGUGUCAGAGAGACAUAACUACUGAAACACAGUUAUCACCCACAGAGACCAUCAUUCAGUGCCCAGACCUUUUAGCUCAAUUUAUUUAAGCAUGCAGUAAUCUCUGCAACGAAAACGUUAUGACUUUAGUGUCCGGGAAUGAAAUGUGUACAAUUUUACGUCACACUUUCUGGUUUAAAUUAUUUCAGAAAACAGAGAUGUUAAGCGAAGUCCUGAAGAAAAAGCUGAUGAACCUGAAUCUAAAAAGCAACGGUAAUACUAUAUGUACUAGUUCGUGUUGAGGCCAUGUUACUCUAGCCAAUGUUUGCCCGGAACUUCCAACGCAAUUUAUGACAGGAGCCAUUUAUCUAAAAUGUAGUAGCAGAGAAAUUGUGAGCAUGUGCAGCCUUUUUUGCCAUCCUACUUUUUUCUUCCAAUUUUCUACUUUUCCUGUUUAUUAAAAAAUGCUUGGUUUUCCUACGUUUUGAAUUGAAUUUAUCGUUACGAAAUUAUGAAUGAAUUGUCUCGUACAUUUUCGUUAAAGUGUAAAUAUGCGAAGGCAAGAGUCAUUUGCUCUGAAUUCAUAUCAGAAAAAUAUCAUUUGCAGGUCGGCAAUUUUUGCCAGCCUGACAUAAUAGGUCAGCAAUCAGGUCGGCAUUUGUCGAUUGCCGACCUGAAUUCCGAGUCGUGCCGAAGCGAAUUCGGAGAGUGUGAAAUCGUCCCGAGAAUUUAAUAUCGCCGUGUUUUCCAACAGCGUGGAAGAUGAGAGCGCCGACGUUGAAGUGGCUCCCGUGGUACAAGAAGAAGAAAAACCAAAAAGUGAAACAGGGAAAAUUAUUGCGAGAGAAAGAGACGCUGCCAUCAAACGAAAGACGUUAGCCUUAGAUGAACGAAUGAAUGAUUUUAAAGAAAUGCUUCGAGAAAGAGGAGUAAGAAAAACUAUUUGUUAUUUUAUUCUAAAAUUUGACAAAUUUUCUAGGGAACCUUGCUCCCGGACGGUCGGACAAUUAGACCGGGGGGGGGGCAGGUUAUGCCCUUGUUGGUUAUUUUACGUUUAAAUUGCUAAGGGUGAUUUUUUGUUUGGGAUGAAAAUUGGGGACCCAGCCAAAAACCCUCGAAGCACAGUAGAGAACCGACAGAACUCUUUCCAUACUUUAGGUUUCGGCAUUUUCAACGUGGGAAAAGGAACUGCCGAAGUUUGUUUUCGACUCUCGUUAUUUGCUGCUAAACCAGAGAGAAAGAAAGACGGCUUUUGAUCAAUAUGUCCGAAUCAGGGCAGAGGAAGAACGUAUUGAGAGAAGAAGUAAGCUGAAGGAGAAGAAAGAAGCGUUCAAAGCUUUGUUAGAGGAAGCAAAAGUGUCUUCAAGGUACAUUACACUAUUAUUCAGCUCACUCCCUAUUGGGGCUUUUCGGUGACCGCGAUUACGUCAAGUAUUACGCUUAUAUGUACUUACAGUAUGUUACUUACUUAACCUAGACUAUUUAUCUUUACAACAAUUGUGAUUACUUUCUUAACUGUGUUUAUCCUAACCCACCCUGUCAACUUUUCCCUGUGGGAGGAAACCGGAGCGCCCGGAGAAAACCCACGACUUUUGGCAGAGCAUUGACUGACUCUUUUCACAUGAGUCCGUAGCGAGAAUCGAACCCACAAUAGACCCUUUGUACUGACGUCACAAAUCCUUACAGUGUCCUCCAAAUGCUCCCUAACAAUAUCUGUUCGGGUACAACAACCACAUACGGCGCAAAAACUAACCAUUUUGAUACAAAAUUAUUUUAAGUUUUACAAAAUUUGCUUUGUUUACAAAAGUUAUAUUAUGCAUAGAUUGCUAAUUUGUCCUUCAGAUGCAUCAUCACCGGUGCUGUGACGUCAUGUGCAAUGGGCAUUGAACUAUAAAUAAACUGGAAGGCUAACUGCUAUGAUGAAGGCCUAUGAUUUGAUGAAGCCAAAAUAGUUUUUCUGAGUUAUGAGCAGAAAUACUUGACCCCAAACGUCGGGCUAUAUAUCAAAUUGAAGCUAUUGAAAAUUGCUAUUUGGUGUGGAAAUUUCAAGACUUCAGCAAAAAGAAAAAUAUUUAAAAAAUACAAAAACAACUGCAAAACGGCAAAUUAUCGGUAAUUAUGUUUGUAGUUUUUCAAUAUUUCCCUUUUAGCUAAAGUCUUGAAAUUUCUACAUCAAAUAGCGUUUUUCAAUAGCUUCAAUUUGAUAUAUAGCCCAACGUUCAGUGUUGAGUAUUUCUGCUCAUAACUCAGAAAAACUAAAAUGCACUGGCUUCAAUCCCCCCCUGAGUUAGCCUUCCAGUUUAUUUAUAGUUCAAUGGCAAUGGGUCUAUUGCGAUCUCAGAUGUGAAAGGCACUUACUCUGACGACUGCGGCACCGAAGCCCCCUAUUUUUCCACCUUGUACAGCCUUUACACAUUAGAGAGGUUAAGAUUGACGUUUACGGCAGACCGGUUACCGCAAACGGGAAACUUCAAUGGAUUUUUCCCCUUGUAACUAAAAUUUCGAUCUAGACAAAAAUUUCAUCACAGCUUGAAAGAGCAUCACAAAAUUAGUAAUAUUCCAGAGUUUUGUUGCGAAAUAUUGUAAAAUGCGGAUAAUAUAGCCUUGCGAAGUUUGCCCUUUUUCAGUCAUUUUGUAUUACAAACGGGAAAUUGACAUCCGAUUCGGGUGUUGGGGCUGCAAUUUCCCGUUUGUAAUGCAAAAUGACUGAAAAUUGCAAACUUCGCAAGGCUCUAUUUUCCUCAUUUUACAACAUUUCGUAACGAAACUUUGGAAUAUUUCUAAUUUUGUGAUGCUCUUUCAAGCUGUGAUGAAAUAUUUGUCUAGACUUGCGUAGAUCAAAAUUUUGGUUAUAAGGGGAAAGGUCCAUUUGCAUUUGAAGGUAAGUUCUACAAGUUUCCGAAGGUUUCGACAGGUUUUUAGUCAAUUCAUUCUCUACGUUAGCGGUUACUGGUCUGCCGUAAACGUCAAUCUUAACCUCUCUAUUAUUACUGGGAUAGACAAUUAGAAAAAUGAAGGGGGAGGGUACAGGAAAAAAUCAAUACAUGAAAAAAAUCCAUACAACCAGAAGGUGGCAGGAAAAAAAAGGUGGCACAAAAAUGUUCAAUUAACGCAUGUUAGCUAGAAUUUCCUUCUAAUAUUGUAUUAGAGUGUGUAACUUAUGCUUGAACAUUUUAACUAACAUGCAUUGAAAUCAGUUUUUGUUGUAAGCUGCAGCAAUUUUCUUGCUCAUUUUCUUGCUCAUUUUACUUCACCUUUAGUGGAGAAUGAUUGGAUGGAUUGAAAAUGGAAUGCUUUAGACAUGGUAUUGUUUCUGUUUUUCAGGACAACAUUUAAUGAGUUCUCCUUGAAACACAGCAAAGACGAGAGAUUUAAAGAUAUUGCGAAGAUGAAAGAUCGCGAGGGUCUGUUCUCAGAGUACGUGAAAGAAUUGAGGAAUUUGGCACGAGAAGCUUCACAAAAGAAGAAAGAUUUCGUCGAUGAAAAGGUAAUGUUUUACUUCCGGUGCUGGGUGGGACUUGAACCUCAGUGAAAAGUGAAGCAUUUGAUCUUAAGUUCCGCUCCAUUGGACAUUAACUUUAGAGUUUAGUGAAUGGAAAAGAACGUACUAGAAAUAGUUAAGUAACAGUACAAAGUUUGAAACGAUUAGCGUAAAAAACAGCAAAAGUUAAUAGUGGCGGGUUUACCUUGCCCCACCAAGAGAAAAUCCCUGUAAUCAACUGAAUUAAACUUGUUUCAUCGCAAUAAAAAUCGAAGCGAAUAACAUGAAGUAGUUUCCACGAGCAGAAUUUUUGGUCAUUUGCUUCAUUGGGUUUCGAGAAACAAAAAAUUUCAUCCACCGUGCAUUUCCUGUGAUGUGUUUUUUUCUUCAAAAUUUGCGUAAACGGUGAUGAAAAUUUGUGUUUCUCUUAAGUCCCCAAACUUGUCUUGUGUUUUGUUUUCGUGUUGUGUUGUUCCACAUGGCUCAAUCUAUUUGAUGUUUUGAAUCGCCUUCUCCAUUCAAAAGCUUUCCUAGAGUACGAAAUAUCAGCUUUAGGAAAAUAACAACAUGGUUCAACAUAGUUGUAAAAGUGUUUCAAAAUUCCUGAAGUUAUUUCCAACAAAUAUAGGAGACCGUUUCUGAAGGCGAUUUUGAAUUUGACGUUAGAUAUUAGCCAUGGUUGUUUUGUCGUUUAUAUCAUCACGUGUUCAUCGUUGCAGCAUGUGAAACCGUAGCGAAAAUGGACUUGUGACCCUAAACUACGAUAAUACUAAACUAUCGGUAAAAGUACAGUCGCAGCCUGCUGAAGUUGUCAUAUUCCGAUAACAGCCAUUGACUUCAUUCGCCUCGAAAUAGGGUAUUUGUAGCUGAUUUUAAUUUGCUUGAAUAACCUACGAGUCUGUUUUCCUCAAGGAUUCACAUGCUGCUUGCUUUCCAUUGUGCAUAUUACGCGAAAUACACAAGUCCUGUAUCCUACUGUUUAGCCAAUCUAUAGCCAGUGCUAACGAGAUUUCUCCCUUGGAUAGCUAGAUUUAUCAUUGUAGAUGUUUAACUGUUUAUGAUCUAAUACACAGCCUAAAGUCAGUGGCACAUACCGAGGUUGGCAUUUGAAUGCUUUUCUCUAUUGUUAAAAACCGGCCGAAAAGGUAAACGAUUUUCAUUGUUCUUCUAACACAACGCGGCCACCAUUUCGUACCCAGGGACUCCGCCCUGGGUACGAGAUAUGUAAUCCAUAGUGAGGUAACCAUUUUCACAGAUUUUUCUCAAGUACGGUAGGUUUUGAGACAAAUAUGCGCAAACUUUUUUGUUAUACUGAUAUCUUUUGUGAUUAGUUAAUGGUUGUGGUGUGAUAUGUGAUGGUGAUGGUGUUGGAGUUGAUUGUAUUUAGUGGUAUGAUAGUUUUGUUGGUGAUAGUGGUGGAUUCGAUUAGAUACUGGUGAUGGUGGCAUGGUGGUGGUAGUACUGUAUUAGUGCAUGUGGUUGUGAUGAUAUUGUUGUUUGUGUGAUGGUGUAGGUGAUAUUAUGGAUGGUGAUGUGUUGAUGAAUCAUGGUGGUAAUAGUCUUGAUACUGGCGCUCAUCCGUGUGAUGAUGUUGGUACAUACCAUGGCCUAUCGAAGGGGAGGUGGCUGUUAAACUCAUUAGAAUAACAAUAUAACUCAUUAUCUGUUUUAGUCAACGUAUAUUCAUAAAUAUGGUCUUUCACCGUCACGUGUGUAUUGUAUUUCUGCCAAAUCCACCAAUAGCAAUUUCCAGUUUCCCUAUUGUUCAAGUCACGGAUAGGUGACUUUCCUAAAACAUUGCUAUUGGUUAGUUGGGCAAGAAUACAAUACACACGUGACGGUGAAGGACCAGAUUUAUGAAUAAACGUCGACCAACAUAGAUAAUGAGUUAUAUUGUUAUUCUAAUGAGUUUCACAGGAAUCUUCCCUUCGAUAGGUUAUGUACAUACUGAUGAUGGUCAUAGUCAUUAUGUUGGUGUGAGGGUAAUGGUGAAGGUGAUGGUAAUACAAUCGAACCUCUAUUAAGCGGCCACCCUCGGGAAUCGGCUUUGUGGGCGCUAAAUAGAGGUAUGCAAAUAAUAGAUCCUGGCCUCCUGGGCGUAGUCAAUGCUUGUGAGGUGUAAAGCUUUUGAGGUGUAAAGUGGCAUGAGUUAUUUUAAGCCUUAUUUUACAAAUAAAGCAAAUUAGCUCGACUUUUAUUUUCGGCUCUCAUGUUGCGCCAAGUAAAUCCUGCAGGCUGGCCGCUUAAUAGAGGAAAAAUUGACAUAAAACAUCAUUUGGGACCGCUCUUUGGGUGGCCGCGGCCGCUUAAUACAGGUGGCCGUUUAAGAGAGGGAUAGUUUAUAGUAUUUGUAUGACAAAAAUUUCGGGACUUCGAUAUGUGGCCGUUUAAUAGAGGGUGGCCGCUUAAUGGAGGGCCGCUUAAUAGAGGUUCGACUGUAGUGAUAUUCCCAGUAGCUUUAGUUAUGGUGAUGAUUGUCGUGGUGAUUAUGGUGGUUGCGAACUUUGGAUGGUGACGAUACCUAUGGAAAUGCGUGGUGGUUGUGAUAUGCUUAACGAAGUGGUGGUUUUCAUAGCGAACUAACGUUUCCAUUUUAGCGUAUUUCAUUUAAGGAAUCAUUAACAAAAAACGAUCUUCUGAUAUAUAUUUUGCACAAACAAAUUUGCCUGAUAGAAUUCUAAGUUCUUGCAAAAUAAAUUGUAAUAUGACAAGAAAAAUUCUGAUCGAAUCCAACUCCAACCAAACCUGAAAAAAAAUUAAAUAAGUGAAAACCAUUCAUCACAUUACAUUAAUAAAAUAUCGAUGCACCAUUGACAAAUGCGGUCUACUCUCUCUUUUGACAUUAAUUUUGUCUUUCCUAUAUUGUUGCUCUGACAGGUAAAAGAGGAGUAUUUUCAGCUAGUGUCAGAACAAAGUCUUGGUGGUGGGGGACAACCACAUUGGCAUACAAUAAAGGCGAACAUUAGUGAAGACCCGAGGUAUAAAGCCAUUGAAAGCAGCCAUCGUCGGAAGGAACUGUUUAAGGAAUACCAACAGCAAUUUGAACAAGUAAGUGUGGAGAUACCUUGUGCCAUUCUCGAGUGCUUUCAUUUGUUAGUCCUAGUUUAAUUCACUUCUUUUCCUAUAGUCGGAUAUUUACUUAAUUUGUUGUAUAUUAUACAAAUAAUGAAUGUUUAUUCGUGCAAUGGUAAGGAUAUUUUCAUGAGGUGAAUGGCAACAGCAUAACGAAACCGUCAAAUAAUCACGUAAACAUAAUUUCUAACACCUUUCUCGAUAUGAAAGCUAGCAAUAUAAAUUAUAUACAGGGUCUGAAAUUUAUAUUUUUUCUCGGUAACAAACUGGGAUACCAGAAUUCAAAGUUUAGUAUCCCCCCUGAGAAUGCAGUAUCCCACUUCUGGAUACUGGUUACCGGUACCAUAAGUAUUAUACCCUGUGCCAUCCAAAUACGUUUCCAUAACUCUCGCUAUUAUUACAAAUUGCAAUAACAACAGGAGACGCAACAGUCAACAACUAAAUAAUUCAUUAAUACAAUAAAAUGCACAUAAUCCUUCAACAAACUUCUAUAUGCUAGUACUACCUCAAUGAGGAAAGACUGGUAUUGCCAUGAUACAGAAGUUCUUUAGCGUAGUUAUAUUCCAAGUUUUUUUUGUUUUUUAAGAAGUCUAUUAAACAAGGGACAUUAUUUUUUGAAAUUAUACCAAAAAAUACUAAAUUACUUGAUUUUUUUGAAAUUUUACCAAAACUUUUACCAAAAUUUUAUUUUACCAAAACGUUCCCAAAAAUUACCAAAUUUUACCAAAAGUAAAUUAUUUACCAAAUCUGGUCACACUGUCGUAAAGAGUGCAAUGGAACGUAUUCCAUUGCACUCUUGGGAAACGGAAUUUUCUAUUCAAUAUCACGUGACCAUAAACAGCCAAUUAAAAGAUCAGAAUUCAAUAAGGUAUUAUAUAAAAAAGAAAAUAAAAUAUACAUUAAUAAAUUGUUAGUGCAUGUAGCUUGUUGUAUUAUUUAAAAAACGAGCAGGAGUGCUUUAUCAGAUGUAAAGCACGAGAGCACAGCCGAGUGUUUUAUAUCUGGUAAAGCACGGACUGCUAGUGUUUUAAAUGGCUUAAAAACUACCCAUCUAAAGAGUUCAUUGGCGACGUAAUUUUAAAAAUAAACGUUGUCUAAGCUGAGAAAAUCAAAGCUAAAGUUUAUGUAAAUGAACAUGAUUUUUAUCACAUAUAAAACCAUCGACACAGCAGUGAUUUCCUUUGUCUUUUACUCAUGAAUUAUUAAUGAGUUUUUAAAUAUUAAAUAAAAUUAAAACUGCGUGGUAAUUUUUUAUGGCAUUUAUCGCGAUAUUACUGUAUAUUAAUAUAAUGAUAAUUUCCUGUUUCAAUAAUCAAGAUAUGAUUUUUUAAAUAUCGCUCAACUCUAAGCAUAAGCGCAAGGAAAAACAAUAUAUAUAUAGUGUAUAUGUCUCUUAUUCUUGACCUUAUUUCAUUGAUACGUGUAUGAGACUUGUAUGCUUGCAUUUGUGAUCCAGGCUUGACGUUCCCUCGAAUUUAAUCAUAUUUUGUGUUUUAGCCUGAAAUGAGUGAACCGGAUGAAGAUAAGGAAAAGUUGACUCGCGUAGAAGCCAGUUUGCGUGAGCGGGAACGUCAGGUUUAUGCACAACAAGCAGAGUUCAUGAACGAACGAGAGAAAGAGAAGGAGAGGCAUGUUAAAGAGAAAGCAACACAACAUUUUAUGGCGCUAAUGUCUGAUAUGGUUAGUAUACUUUGUUAACAGUGAUAAAAUUCUAAGUUACAACUAAAUAAAUAUCGCAAGGAUAACUGAAAAGGGAUUUGAAAUAUAUUUCGACAUCCUCUGGUAACAACGUAGAACGGGCAACAACAGCAAAACUACUAUGUGGUUUUUCCCCUUUGAAUGACCCUCUUGUUAAUGUGCCAUCAAAAUCAGCAAUACACUGCAUUUUCUCUGCACCACCUUCAAGAAAAGCUUUCAAUUUCUCUCGCAGGCCAACUGGAUCCCGAAUAAAAACAUUUGCAUCAUCCAUCUCCUUCAUAAUAUCAUUGAUAAUUUCAUUCGUCUGUUUCUUUUUCCUCUGUAAAUAUGAAUAUGCACCAUAAAACACAACUGCCCCGGCUGCAGCCAUUCCUAACAUACUGGCUGUCUUUCUCAUAACAAAAUAUCCAAAGAACUUCAACGUUUCGUAAGCAGAACUUCAACGUUUCGAGCGAGGGCCCUUUCACUACCUUGCCAACGAAUGCCUUUGCUCGAAACGUCUACCGUAGCUUUCUCUUAGUGGAAUCCACCUAUACGUGUGUAGCUUAGAAAAUGAGCACGCUGUGUUCUUCUCCUAGGUUCGCAAUGCGGAUGCAAACUGGAAGGAAACCAAACGUAUGUUAAGAAAAGAUCAUCGCUGGCAGAUGCUGGAGAGUUUAAGUAAAGAAGAAAAGGAAAGUUUGUUUAAUAGUCACAUUAAUCAACUGAACCAGAGAAAACGUGAACAGUUUAGAAAACUUCUUGAUGAACAGAUUGAGGUAAGCUCGUGUUUUUACAGCGCUUUUUAGAAUCCCACCAUUCAUGAGGUAAAUCUUCAAAGUCAGACUUCAGAAUUAUAAACUAAAACAAAGCUAUAAACUUGAGAUAAGGCACUUUGCGCUAGGUAUAAACGUAUAUAGGUAGCGAUUGAGCUAUUUGAACAUUUCUAUAGUGCACCAGACACAACCUCGUACCCAGGGUCUUUCCUCUUGGCGAGGGGAGAAAAGACUCUGGUAGAGGCUGGUCAGGUGAUCUGCUAAAAUCUAGCAGAUUUUUAAUUAGCAAUCCAAGAUGAGAUCAAUAAAUAUUUGAUAUUUGGAUAUUUUUUAUGGUUUAAUUUAUAAUUUGCUUUUUGUAUUAUUGUCGUAAAGGAAUCCAAUCCCUGCUAGAUUUUAGCAGAUCACUUGACCAUGCAGCGUCUACCAGGGUCUUUUCUCCACAAGAUGAAAGAUCCUGGGUACGAGGUUGCACCAUUGAACUAUAAAUAAACUGGAAGGCUAACUCAGGGGGGGGGGAAUUGAAGCCAGUGCAUUUUAGUUUUUCUGAGUUAUGAGCAGAAAUACUCAACACUGAACGUUGGGCUAUAUAUCAAAUUGAAGCUAUUGAAAAAUGCUAUUUGGUGUAGAAAUUUCAAGACUUUAGCUAAAAGGGAAAUAUUGAAUAACUACAAACAUAAUUACCGAUAAUUUGCCGUUUUGCAGUUGUUUUUGUAUUUUUUAAAUAUUUUUCUUUUCGCUGAAGUCUUGAAAUUUCCACACCAAAUAGCAAUUUUCAAUAGCUUCAAUUUGAUAUAUAGCCCGACGUUUGGGGUCAAGUAUUUCUGCUCAUAACUCAGAAAAACUAUUUUGGCUUCAUCAAAUCAUAGGCCUUCAUCAUAGCAGUUAGCCUUCCAGUUUAUUUAUAGUUCAAUGGGUUGCACCAGAUAUUGGUAGAACAUCUAAUAUCCAGUUGUGUGAUUAACCCAUUGAGUGCCAGCACUGUCCUCAUGACGGGCAAAAUCAUCUGGCAUUAGACAGAGUAGAAUAAUAAGGUGGGGUGCGUCAGGGCACAAAGCAACUGAAUGGAUUAAAAUUCUGCCUCUGUUGAAUGUGGAAAGAGUAGUUUUUCCUGGUACUUAGUAAAAAGGAAUGAACAGUUUAGCAAUUAUAACGUUUUCUGUAAAGGUUUUACUAAGAAAGUUUUUGAUUUUAGGUCGGACUGAAAACAAGCUGGAGAACAGCAAGGAAAUUGAUCAAAGACGACCCAAGAUUUUCCAAAUUUUCUUCCAGUGAUCGAGUAUGUAUUUUAAUGUCUUGCUUGUACAAGAGUUUCACCACAGGAAAAUCCUCUGAGUAUAUGUGGCUUGAACCCAUGAUGAUCUCUAAGCCUUGUGUUUUACCAGCAGUGGAGGCACCAAGCUGGUUAAAGUGGAGGGGACUAUCGCCACCGAUGGCAUGGGAAACACCUCUGGGGGGUCUGUGGUCAUGUUUCACCAGGAAAAUUUUGAAAUAUAUAGCUACCCUAUAAGGUUAGACAGAAUUUCCAAGAUUUUUCAUGCCUAUGACGACAAGCACAGCUGCCUAAAAGAAAAUGCCAAACAUACCCUCCACACUUUUUUCAUUGGAUUUGGAUGAAUUAGUAAUUGCAGUGUUUUUAGCAUUUACAUAUAUAUCUAACUUGUCUGCCUCUCUUCGUUCCAAAAUUCAAGCUUAUUGAAACUUACUUAGUUCUUGCUCACAUUCCAGAGACGCGAAACAGAGUUUAGUGAUUACAUGCGAAACAAACUGAAUCAGGCCAAGAAUGAAUUUUGGGAUCUUCUGAAAGAAACUCAUGUUAUAGACCACAGGUUAGCUAGCUAAUGAUCAUUUAUACGUAUUGUACACAAGGAAUUUAUUGAAGUCAUGACUUUAUGUUAACAAUGUUUGAUUAUUUUUGUAGAUCGAGUAAACUUUUAGUUGAAUCAGACCGACACCUGAAGGAUAUAAUUGGGACAUUAAA